AUGAAAAUAAAUAAUAUUAUAAUUUUAUUGAUCAUAGUAUCAAUAUUUUUAUUAAACUCAAAGGUUGAUAGUAAAUCAUUACCACCAAGUUAUAAUAGAAAUAAUUUAAAAUUACCAAAUGAAAAAGAUGUUCAAGAUAUUUACAAUAGAUAUAAUCUUUUAAAUACCGAACACUUUAGUUUAAAACAAAAUCCAUUUAAAAAAACAAAUUUAAAUGAAAACUUAAAUACAAAAUUACAAACCUCCUAUCCAGUUUCUUCAAAUUGUUCAAAUGCAAUGAGUAAUUUAUUAAACCCAAAUAAUCCAGAUUUUAUGAUGUUAUUUUAUAGUGGUGUUAGUAUAAAUGAAUUAGGUAAUUUUGAUUCAUGUAUUAGUUAUGCAUCAAAUGUUUCACAGUAUUGUUUAUUUAAUACUCAAAUUGAAGAGAUAUUACCAAUUUAUAUUGGUGUAUGUUAUCCAAGUGCAAUUUAUUGUUCACCAGAAGAUGUAUUGGGUUUAAUGACACAAUAUUCGAUUUUAAUGCUUUUACAAGCAAAUAUGACAUUCAAUGCAACAGAGGAUUUACAUUGUUACAAUAGUACCUAUCAAACAGUAAACAUAGAAGCAACAGCAGGUACAUGGGCAAUGACGGCAGUUUGUGCUUUCAUCGCUUUGAAUAUCAUAAUUGGUACUGUCAUUGAAUAUAUAUUUGUCAUUCAAUUAUCAAACUAUAGAAAGAGAUAUGGUAACUUAAUGAAUCAUCCAUAUUCAUUAUUAAAUCCAAAGAGUUAUUUCGAACCAAAUUCAACCAAUUUACAAGGUGAUAAUCAAUAUAGUUAUAUUACAAAUCAAAAUGAAAAUGAAUCAAGUGGUGGUGGUGGUGGUGGUGGUGCUACUACUGCAAGUGGUGGUGGUGGUACAAUUGAAAAUCUUGGUAAUAGUGGUAUAAAUAAUGAUUUUGAACCACAAUUUUAUGAUGGAUUUUUUGAAAGAAUAUCAAAUGUUAAUGUUGAAUCCAAUUUAUUUAUAAAGUAUUUCACAUGUUGGUCAUUAAUAAAGAAUUUCAAUUCAUUAGCCUAUGGAAAGAGUGAAAAACGUUAUUUCAAUUCAUUGGAUGGUAUUAGAACUUUAUCAACAUGUUGGGUUAUUUUAGGUCAUUCAUUACUAUUUGGUGCAUCAGGAUAUGGUUAUGAUAAUUUAGCAUACGUAGCAAGUGGAACUACAUUACAAACCUUUGCAGCUCAAGCCAUUUUCGGUGGUGAAUUUGCUGUUGAUACAUUCUUUAUGUUAAGUGGUUUCUUGGUUUCUUUCUCUGUAUUGAAUCAGUUAAGUAAACGUAAUAGUAUCUAUGGGUCAAUUAAAUUUUGGGUUGCUUAUGUAGUUCAUAGAUUCGUUAGAUUAAGUCCGUUAUAUUACUUUAUGAUAUUCUUUUCAAUGUGGGUUGCACCAAUGAUUGGCAGUGGUCCAAUUUUCUAUCAAUAUAGUCAAUUCACAAAUUUGGGUUGUUCAAGUAGUUGGUGGACAAACUUUUUAUACUUUAAUAAUCUUUACUCGACAUUGGCCACCGAAUGUUAUGCUGUAUCUUGGUAUUUAGCAAAUGAUAUGCAAUUCUUUUUGUUGACACCUUUUAUUUUGAUACUAUUCAGAAAAUGGAAAUUGGGUGGUUGGUUAUUAACUUUAUCACUUAUUUUCGCUUCAGUCAUUGGUACCACAAUCGUCGCCUACAAAUACCAAUUGGAAACCUUCUUUGAUAUUUUCUCAGUAGCCGAUGAAACCAAUACCAAUCCUUUCAUAACAGAUAUCUAUCAAAAACCAUGGAAUAGAAUUGGUCCUUAUUUAGUUGGUGUUUUGGUUUCUUUUAUUUAUACUGCACCAAGAUUAUCAAAAAGAGUUAGAUUUAUCUAUUAUCGUAGAAUUACACGUUAUAUCUUAUAUUGUAUCGCAUUCUUUGUAACAUUUUUCCUAGUUUAUUGUCCAUACACUUUUUAUCAAAAUGCUUGGAAUUAUUCUCAAAAGGCAGUGUUCUCUGGUUUCGGUCAUACAAGUUUUGUUGUGGGUCUUGCUAUCUUUAUGAUUGGUACUUUCUUUGGUUAUGGUGGUAUCGUUAAAUGGUUCUUGGAAUUGGGUAUUUUCAAAUUCUUUUCAAAGUUAACCUAUUCAAGUUAUCUUGUUCAUCCAUUGGUAAUCAUGUUUAGAAUCUAUUCAAUGACAAAUUUCUUACAUUAUUCUGUAACUGAAUUCAUUGUUUAUUAUGCUGGAAAUAUUGCAACCACUUUUGCUGCUGCUUUUGUAAUUCAUCUUUUAAUUGAAAAGCCAUUUGUCAAUUUAGAAAGAUUAAUUUUCUCAAGUUCAAGUUAA